AUGCCUCGCCCUAACAUUACCCUCUACACGGCCCAGACCCCCAAUGGAAUCAAGAUCUCCAUUGCUCUGGAGGAGCUCGGAUUGCCCUACGAGGUCAAGAGCAUCGAUAUGGGCAAAAAUGAACAGAAGGAGGACUGGUUCCUUGAGAUCAACCCCAAUGGCCGGAUUCCCGCUCUGACCGACGAGUUCGCCGAUGGUGAAAUGAUCCGCCUAUUUGAGUCUGGAGGUAUCCUGCAGUACCUGGCGGACCAAUAUGACCCCGAGUACAAGAUCUCCUUCCCCAAGGGCACCCGCGAACACUACGAGAUGAACAACUGGCUCUUCUUCCAGAAUGCAGGCGUUGGCCCAAUGCAAGGCCAGGCAAAUCACUUUGCACGAUAUGCGCCCGAGCGCAUUGAGUAUGGUGUGACCCGAUACGUUAAUGAAACACGCCGACUGUAUGGCGUGCUUGAUAAGCAUCUUGCCCAAUCCAAGUCCGGGUAUCUGGUUGGCGACCAUGUCUCCAUUGCUGACAUUUCCCUAUGGGGAUGGGUGGCUGCUGCCGGAUGGCCGGGUGUGGACAUUGAUGAGUUCCCGAACUUGAAAACUUGGGAAGAGUUUAUGGCUCAGCGACCAGCUGUGGAGAAGGGACGCCAUGUUCCUUCCCCGCAUACAAUUAAGGAGUUGCUCAAGGAUAAAAAAGCCAUGGAGGAGAAGGCCGCCGAGACCCGAGCAUGGAUUGUGCAGGGAAUGCAGGACGAUGCUAAGAGCAAGGUCUAG